CCUGCUAUGACCUAAGAAAAAGCAAAACAAGUUGAGAAGAAGGAUUCGCGUUGGAGGUGAUUCUUAUUUGAACUAAUUUUAUAAUGUGAUAUGCAAAUAAGGAGGAUUUUACCACGUAUACUAAAGGAUACACAUCUGUGGUUUCUUGAAGUCAUGCUGUAAUAAGUUACAUCCAACAUGGCUUGGUUGUUAGGUAAAGCUGAACAUUUAUUGAAUAAUUUAGAUCAAAGUGCCUCCCAAGCACUAAAUACUUCAGAGGUUAAAGGCUUCACUCCAGUGAAACAUCAGACUGUUGAAGAUCAUGUCAGUCCAUCACCACGAACAUUUCCAACCUCAGCAAGUUCUGUCACUUUGUCUGCCACCCAGUUAGCCAACACUGCCAACAUCCGCAGAACACCCAGCGAGAGCACUAUAGGAAGUUUUAAUUCACAAAAAUAUAAGAAUUCUCCGUCGAAAUCUAAAAAGGAAGAUGAUGAGAAACUCUUUGAAUUCCUGAACAGUCCUGGAACUGGAACAGAAAAAAAAAAAGUUGAUAAAAAACCACCGAAUGGUAAACACUCAAGACAGUCUAGUACUUCGUCAAAUGUGUCGUCCAAAAGCGGGAAAACCGAGGGAAGCUCCAGCACCGGAAUUGUUAUAACAGCUUCAGAGCAAGCAGGCAAUAAUGAUGACAUACCAGAUAUCCAAGAGCCAACACCAGUUGGUACACCUCAUUCUGAAGCUGAUGCUAGCAUCGAUAUUCCAGAUGCAAUUUUAGGCAGUCGCUACCAGUCAGGACAACUGGAUGAGGCAUCGCAGCGUGUCUCCACACUGGAGUAUGAGAAUAAACUACUGAAAAAUGAAGUGAGCUCUUUGAAUCAAGAAAUGUCAUCUGCUUUGCAGAGAGCAAAGAAAUCUGAAGGAGAACUUGUGAAAAUCAAGGAUGAACUACGAAAGAAGCGGUCCCAAAUGGGUGAGUCAGAUGCCCUUAUUCGUCAGCUACAGCAGCGUGAAGACGACUUGUCAGAGGAACUCAAUGCAAAAAACUCGCAACUUGGCGUUUUACGUGUUCGCUUUCAGGAGGCUGAUAGUGAACUUAUUGAAAAGAAGAAAGAAUUGAACUUACUCCUGAGUGAAAAUGAAAGGAUAUUGAAAGACCAUUCUAGCUCGAGUGGUGUGCAUGGAAAGGCCUUAGACUCUGCCAAUGUCAAGCUGAGAGAGUCUGAAGCAGCACUGAAGCGAGAACAGGAGUCAUAUCAGAUGGCUCAAGCUGAGUUCAUGCAGCGUCAGAGCAAGAUAGAGGAAGAGAACACAUCAUUAUCAGAGUCAUAUGCUGCAGCUCAGAAGAAAUACAACAAUGAAAAGGCUCGUGUAAAUGAGUUGACAACACAGUUGAGGACAUUGAAGAGCAACUUGGAAAGUGCAAAGCAGGAGUUAACAGACUACAAACAAAAGGCUACUAGGAUAUUGCAGUCAAAGGACAAAUUGAUCAACAGUUUGAAGGAAGGAGCUGUAGCUAUAGAGGGCCAUUCAAGCAGUACUGUGGAAUUGGAGGAGAUGACGAAUGAGAGGGACAUGCUGCGGGAAGAGCUGCACCAAGUCAACACUAAACUUGAUACAUUGAGAGUUGAAAUUCAGGAUCUAGAGAUGAUGCAACAGUCUGAUGCUGAGACGGCACAGGACCAAAUCCAAGAAUUACAAGAUCAGUUGGAAAAAGAACGACAGAAUGUGAGAGAGUGUGAGGCGGACUUGGAGAAGAGUAAGGAAGAACUUAAAUUCAUCCAGGAUGAUUCACAUAAACAAAAGCUAAAUCUACAAGCAAAGCUGCAGGAAAAAGAUGAAGAAGUAAUAACUUUAAAAAACCAGUUGGUUGCAAAGCGUAUGAGCGGUACAACGCAAGCAGAGUUGGAGAAUCGUUUACACACACUGACUGAAAGCCUGAUUCAGAAGCAGACUAUGCUGGAGGCAUUAGGGACAGAGAAGAACUCGUUAGUACUUCAGCUUGAAAGAGUUGAGAAAAAUAAUAAAGAAGUGCAAGGUAUUCACCCUGUUACGAACUGUAAUCACCGUCAUCACACCGUGACAUUUAACAACGCUGAAGAUGAAGAAGGUGCAAGACAACGCACUCUGCCAUCAUUUAUGCGAGAGGAGCCUAACGAUCCUGUUGUGACUAAAAACGUCAAGAGGGCAGCAAACACUAUCGAUAAAUUUAGCAUUAGACUAGGUGUAUUCCUCAAACGAUAUCCAAUUGCAAGGGUCUUUGUCAUUUGCUAUAUGAUUAUGUUACAUUUGUGGGUGAUGAUCGUACUAUUGACAUACUCACCAGAAAUCCACAAUGAUUUUCAUCCAUUUGAUAACAAGGACCCAAACCUCCAUAAUAAAUUAAAGUGAUGAGGUCAGAGCAGGUCAUGUCAAUUUUUAAUGGAAACACAUACGAUACAUAUAACCAGCCUAAGGCCUCUAAACUGUUCUGGAAAUUAUUUUUUAUUCUAGGUUGAUGGGAGGAAAAGCUAUGAAAGUGUUGAAAAGGAGAGAUACGGUUUGUGCUUUAAAUAAGGACAGACUGAACUUAUCCCCAAGCCCCAGGUUGGGAUCAACCUCCUCCGUCCCGAAACCCAUUCUUUUUGGCAAGAGGAAUUUGCCUUUAACUAGGUAUUACAUUAAAUCUAGCUUUGGAUAAAUAUUUUAAAGUAUUGUAAACAUAGAAUUUUCAUUA